AUGGAAUCGGAAUCCUCCGCUGAGCUCGCACUUGGUGAGGUGUUUGAGUUGUUGGUUAGAGUAGCUAAAAAAACUCUGAAAGCAAUAGUUGGAAAUGCCAGGCUAGCCCUUGACGAGCUGCAGACUGCUAUCAAGAAAGUAGAAGCAUUGAUGAAUUCGAGACCAUUGAUGAACCGUUGGAGACUGAUUCAGAACCUGGUGAAGGUGAUCUGGAAGCGCUGGAGAGAAGAGUAUCUGUCAACACUUAGCGCGCGAAAGGAAUGGAGACAAGUGAAAGAAAACCUGAAGGUUGAGGAUGUAGUGGCAUCUGGGUCGAGUAGAAGAAGUGUUCACUGGUCAGGAUGGACAGACGUAAAGUCUUGCAAGGAACUGUAUGACUUCUACAGAUCUGAUGUCAGUCAACUGGUUACCCUCCGUUUGGGCUCCAAACCAGUCUCUAUGCUCUGUCAGAUGGGGGAUUUUGGAUGUGGAAAUGGAGGAUGGACGCCGGUCAUGAAGAUUGACGGCAACAAGACCACUCUUAAUUAUAAUGCACAUUACUGGAGUGAUUAUAAGGAAUACAACCUUCUCGGAGGAGAGACAGGGUUUGACAGACAGGAAACAAAGCUUCCCACCUACUGGAACACAUCCUUCUCCAAGAUCUGUCUCGGUAUGAAGAUUGGACAUCAGCUCAGGUUCAUUGUCAUCAGCCAGCGCGCAGACUCUCUGUAUUCACUUAUCGCUGAUGGGCAAUACCGCAACACCUCAGUGGGUCGUAGCAAGUGGAAAGAAUUGAUUGGUUCACAGGCCUCUUUACAGUACAGAUGCAACAAGCAAGGGUUUAAUGCCGUUUGUACUAGGAAAAAAAGUUCUAAAGCCAGAAUUGGUAUUGUUAGCAACAACCAGGAUGACUGCUACUCGUGCAACUCAAUGAUUGGAUUUGGCACAGGAGGAAAACAUGAUGGUUUGAGUGCAUGUGGCAAUGAGGCUGUCUCGAGUCCAGACAACAGAAACAAAUCCAUUAAGGCUAUGGGAUACAUCUUGGUACAGUGAUACUAAAUUUCGCAAG